GAUGCGCUGUCAAAUCCAGAACGAGCUCCCCUUUGAUUACAGUGCACACACCCCAGAUCGAAGAGCGGCUCCUGGGGCAUGCAAAGAUCCACUGAUCCAGCAGCAGCUUUGCCGCGAGGUCCCAAAUCAAUAUUUGUAGCUAUGUACGUAUGAGCUGAAAUGUAGUGUUCCAACGAUCCAUCGAGACACUGUCCGAAAAGAGCAUUUCCACUUCCGAGGUAUUGUCAGCCAACUAAAAUGUCCCUGGAGUCUUUGCGUUCAUUCGACGUCGUGAGUGAAUGGGUUUCUUCCAUGUCGCCCCACAUGGAGCGACCUCGACCGGCGCCUCCCAAGACUGGCCCCCAAGUGACGUUCCGCCCCCCGCUUGUCUCGAAGGGACGAACGAAGCAAAUCCAACUCCGCACCACCAACAGCCACCGACCGUUAUCUCGUCAAUCUGCGGCAGGGGCUCGCCAGGCUUCAAACGCCGCAUUCUGCAGCAAGAAACGUCAAACAGGGCGUCUUAAGAAACCUGCCAGAGCAAAAAGUGAGCAGGAUGGUUCCAGUCGCAGUCUCGAUACAUGCACCGUUAUCGAAGCGGACGAAAUGACAGAAUGGGAAGGCUCCAGUGAAGCUAAUACGUCGGCUACGGAGCCUCUUCAGUUUAUCCGUCGUGUGGACUUGGACGGCACGGCGGCCGGUCGUUCUUUGAUUGGAAGCAUGUUGAAGAAGUUCGGAUCUGUCAAGGGAGAUGAGAGCACGGCUGCGAGCGCGGAUAGAGGAUGGGGACAUUAGUGCAAACAUUGGUGUCAUGUUGUCACGAGCUGUGGCAGGCACCAACGGGGGAAGUGGGAACAAGAGGCUUGUGUUGACUCAAGAAGAAUACAAAGAAUUACCAAAAGUCUAUAAUCGGAACGAAUGCGAGAACCACCUGAUAAUGCACGUAAUAGGCCGAUCGUGGAAAAGUGACCCUGUUCCCGAU